AUGGGCUAUCCUGCUCUGUUUAUUACUUGGAUAAUAUGCUGUGUUGACACUGCUGCAUUCUCAGUAUCAGUUAAUGGAGAUCUUGAGGGGUUCUUUUCUAGUUCAAGGGGCAUCAGACAAGGCUGCUCUUUAUCUCCGUACUUGUUUGUCGUAAUCAGUAAUGUCCUUUCUAAGCUCCUCAACUCUGCAGUCCUCAACAGGCGUAUUGGAUAUCAUCCUCUCUGUGCGUCCCUCAACCUGACACAUCUUAGUUUCGCAGACGACAUAAUGGUGUUUACCAAUGGAUCGGCUGCAUCACUUGAUGGUGUUCUCGAGGUCUUUGCGAAGUUUGCUCGGAUAUCUGGUUUAUGCAUUAAUGUGGCAAAAUCAACAGUGUUUGCGGCAGGUGUCGACAAGGAAAGUCUACAAGAAAAAACUGUCUCUGUAGGCUUCUCUAUCUCUGGUCUACCUAUCAAGUAUCUUGGUCUGCCACUCACGACAAAAACAUUGACGAGGAACAAUUACGAGCCUUUGGUAGCUAAAAUCAAAGCUCGGUUCCAGAGCUGGACAAGUAAGACUCUCUCCUUCGCGGGACGUCUCAUGCUUAUCAAGGACACCGGUUUGGGAUCUUGGGUUUGGCGGAGGCUUCUGAGGCUGAGGUCAACAGCUAAGCAGUUCCUCAGUAUGGAAGUGCAUAACGGACAGGCGACUCGAUUUUGGACAGAUAUAUGGCAUCCGAGAGGCAGACUGAUUGAAAUUGUGGGUGAAACUGGGACCUUAAAGCUUGGCAUUGCGAGAUCAGCGCUAAUUUGUGAUGUACGAAAUGAGACAGGCUGGUCAUUUAGAAGAAGCCGAGCUAGACAGAUUCGCGAUCUCAUCACUAUGGUGGAAGCUCAUCCUUUAGCAGAAAAUAGGCUUGGUCAAGAUGUGGUCCUGUGGCGUAAGAAUGAAACUGACUUCUGCAAUCAUUUCUCCACUUCAGUCACAUGGCAGAGAAUUCGUACUCACAAACCAACCCAAGAAUGGAGUAAAGUGAUUUGGUUCUCCCUUGGAGUGCCUCAUUUUGCUUUCAUAACCUGGCUGGUGGUGAGGAAUAGAUUAUCCACCGGAGAUCGAAUGCGAGCUUGGGGUCAAGUACAAGGCUGUCUGUUUUGUGGAGAACCAGAUGAAACAAGAGAUCAUUUGUAUUUCGCAUGCCCUUACACCUACACUAUUUGGCUUGAAGUGGUCGGCACCCUACUAGGCAGACCCCCUGAUCCGGACUGA